CUGGGCCAAGUUCUACUAGACUGAUGGUCAACGGCUCUGGGAAACUUUUCGGCUUUGCUUUAAAUGAUCUGAGUGACAUGGGAGUGGGAUGGAAGAUCAAUGCCACCCUUGUGACCAUCAUAAGGAAGGACGUACUUCGCUUCUUGGAUGCGGAGAGAGACGUGUCUGUUGUCAAGAGCAGUUUUAAACCAGGCGAUACAGUCCACUACGUUCUGGACCGACGCAGGACAUUCAAUAUUUCUCAAACUCUACACAGUUUACUUCCUGAAGUCUCUCCACUAAAGAACAAGACGUUCAAGACAUGUGCCGUGGUGGGAAACUCAGGCAUUCUCCUAAAGAGCAGAUGUGGGAAGGAGAUAGACAGCCAUGGAUUUGUUAUACGAUGUAACCUCGCUCCACUAGAGGAGUUUGCAGAUGAUGUGGGUUUAAGGUCAGACUUCACCACUAUGAACCCCUCUGUGAUCCCGCGGGUGUUUGGGGGUCUGCGGGACGAAAGACAGCAGGAGAGUUUCAUCCGGCGUCUACAGCAGCUAAACAACACCGUGCUCUGGAUUCCUGCCUUCAUGGUGAAGGGUGGAGAGAGGCACGUGGAAAUUGUGAACGAGCUCAUUCUUAAACACAAACUGAAAGUGCGCACAGCAUAUCCUUCACUCCGCCUUAUCCAUGCUGUACGAGGGUACUGGCUUACAAAUAAGAUAAAUAUCAAACGACCAUCUACUGGAUUAUUGAUGUACACAAUGGCUACACGCUUCUGUGAUGAAAUCCACUUGUAUGGAUUCUGGCCUUUCCCCAAAGACGGUAACAGAAAUCCUGUUAAAUAUCAUUACUAUGACGGACUGAAAUAUCGCUAUUUUUCCAGUACGGGACCCCACCGCAUGCCGCUGGAGUUCAAAACGCUGAAGACACUGCACAGUAAGGGUGCGCUGAAACUGACAACCUCUGAAUGCACAUAUGCUUGACGUGCAGCUCAUGGACGGACACUCAGGACUCGAGUGAAGGCUGAGAAAUCAAACUAAAAAUGUGUUUCGAGCUUUGGAGAAUGAGUGUGCCUUCAACUGGAAACUGUGACCUGUUCAUCCUGUGAGACUUCUGAUUCAUUUACUAUAGAGAAAGUGCAAUGCUUUAGAUACUGAACAAUCUAGUCUUGUUUCCAAAUGACAACUGAAACAGUCCUGCUUAGUGCUUUGAUACUGUGUAUUAGGAUCUUGGUAAGUGAUCUUGUCUGAAAAUAUCUUACACAAAAGUUGCCAAAGAUGCCGUUCCAUCCUUGUUUGAGAGGUUCUUUGUCUGUACUGUACUCUUUA